AUGUCGUCGCGAGCGACCGAUGUCAACGACCCAUCCACCCAUCGACAUAGCACCGAAACCACCGACUGCGAGCAAGACAUCCCCGAGCUACCCGUGCCCGAACUAGACAACGACGUCUCAACCGACGAUUACACGAGCGACUGUUUAAGUACGAGAACGACCAGCCUGAUAGGAUUAGAUAACCAAUUGCUGGAGCCAGACGACGAUGUUGGACCCGGUCAAUUCGACGCGGUGUCGGUCUACUCUCCGAGCCGCUAUCCGGCGCCUUCCGUCGCCUAUCGCGUGGAAAGACCGUUCGAACGACCGUUUGACGAGGAGGAGGAAGAUGAGGAGGAGGACGCUGCUAUGGAGGAUCAAACGAUAAAUUCGACGCGGUCGAUCAACGAGAUGGACAUCGACUACGUCAUGGAGCAUGGCCGGCGCUACUGCGGGUCAUAUUACAUGCCGAACGACGACGACGAACAAGUCCGACUGCAGUUAAUUAACCAGGUCUACCUGAAGGCAUUCGACGGGGAGCUAACCAGCGUGCCUUUGGAGGCGCCGACGCACAUCCUCGACAUCGGCACCGCCGUGGGUGACUGGGCCAUCGACAUGGCGGAGCGCUACCCAGAAUGCGAGGUGACCGGAACCGACAUCUCCAACAUAUUUGAACGUCGCGCCCCGCAGAACGUGUUUUGGGAGAUUGACGAUGCCGAGCUGGAAUGGGAACGGCCAUCCGACCAUUACGACCUAAUACACCUACGCAACAUGGCAGGAUCGUUCGCCAACUGGGAAUACAUCUACAAAUCUGCCUUGGCGUGCGUAAAACCGGGUGGAUGGCUUGAGGUGUUGGACUUUGACGAUCACAAAGGGAUGAAGAGUUUCUACUCCUUCUUCCAGCCUGGCUCGUUAAUACACAGGGUCGCACAGGACCUUCAAGAGGCCUCUAUCCUCCACGGAAAGCCGCGCGGCGUCGGCCAUCUCGAGCCUAGGCUCUUAGUCAACGCAGGCUACGUCGAUGUUCAAUUGACGGAGCAUGCCAUCCCGCUAAGGACGGAAGACGGCUCGACGGGAAAGUUUUGGCUCCUGGCCAUGCUGAACGGGAUGGAAUCGACCUGCCUACGACUUCUCACCAAAUACAAGGGGUGGGCUGCCGAGGACGUCCGUCUGGCUUGCGAUAUGAUCGGCCAGGAGAUGAUGGCGCUGGCUCUCAACCCUAAGAGGGCCAAGGGGUUCGUCGUCAAAGUUCGGGUGUUGAAAGGGAGGAAGCCCGGCCCACAGAGCCACUGGCCGCGAAGACCGUCCGACGACAUCGAAAAUCUGAUGCGGCAUAUAGAGCGCCAGAUGAUGGAGGACUCCGACGGCGAGGACUACAAUCUGACAGACGGGGAAAGCGGAUAUUGUUCCUUCCCGUCUCGUAGGCCGACUAGUGCUGAACGUAACAAGCUGUUCCCUGCCGAGCCGGACCGAGGGCAUCCGGGGGGCGCAGAGGCGACGUCGAAAAUAUCGAGCGAACGACAACAAGACGAGGCUGACGUAUCAGACGUCGCCAACGAGGAGCAGAAGCAAGACCGCCAUGAUGAUGCUCAUCUCAAGGAAUCCAACCCGGGAUUUUCGACCUAUUCUAAGCGGUAUAGUCAAGGUGUGACAGCCGACACCUCUUUGCAACCGCCGACAACCGAUAUCCCGAUGGAAACAAGUUAG